AUGACGGCCCUGUCGUCGUUCCUGACCCGUCACAAGGUCGUCACAGACACAGUCAUCUGCUCGUCGCUGUACUCGACGGGUGACAUUAUUCAGCAGCGCAUCGAGGGCGUCGAGGGCUGGGACUGGCGUCGCACGGCUCGCAUGGGCAGCGUCGGCAUGUUCCUGGGCCCGUGCAACCACUACUGGUACCGUAUGAUUGACAGCAAGUUCCCCACUGCGGUCAACUUCAAGCAGGUCACCGUCAAGGUGCUCUGCGACCAUUUCUACACGGGCAUGGCCCUCAUGCACGGCAACUCGAUGGCAGAAUACAAGAAGGAGCUGGUUGACAAGUAUCCCCACACCUUCAUGGUCGACUGUAUGGUCUGGCCUGGUCUCCAGUACGUCAACUUUUUCUUUGUUAAGGGCCCCUUCCGCGUCGCCUACGUCGCGUCCUGCUCGCUCUUCUGGAACAUUUUCCUCUCGCACAUGAAGCACGCCUACAACAGUGAUGAGUCACACGCGCCUUCCAGCGCUGCCACCCUCGCCACUCCACAAACAACGGAGAGCCUUGAUGUGGCAGCUGCCAACCGCAUUUCCGGGACAGCCUCUGCACUUGUGGUGGCAGCUACUGCCGCUGCGGCCGGUCCGCAGCCUCUGACCAUCACUUCAUCGCCAUUCGAGCAACAGAUGCGCCUUCGUGAUGCUCUUCGAGACACGCUUCGCACACACACCAGCUCACUCCAGUUUGCCGACGCCGCCAUCAAGAACGUAGGCACUGCCCUGCCAUCGCGGCUAUUGCUAAACCGUCUUGCGCCUUGGACUGAAUUCCAGUCAUGA